GCAGGUGAGAGAGAGACAUCGCACUCGCACUGUACUGACCAGCUAUUCUCCUCCUGCAACAUUACAACAGACAAAAGACUCUCCCGUGGAGCAGGGCACCUGCUUUUUCAUCGUUUCCACGUUAAAACUGAUUCGGCACUGAGCUCUUUGGGUAAUGCUGUUAUGGUGUGUUAUGGAAAUGCUGAACUCUAGAUGAGUGAGUGACUGACUCGCCUCUCUGUGGUUUAGUACAGUGUGUGUGUGGGCGCUCAAGAGGAGAUCAGGAGCAUUCUGAUCCGGACUGAAAACCCCACCAGCGGAACUGAGCCAAAUUCAUUAAACCCGACCGAAGGAAGGAGAAGAUCAUAUCGAAAUGGGAGGAUACUUAUGUUGUUUUACGCGUUAAUUUCCAAGUGGCUUUCUGACUUGUUUUGAUUAGUUUACUACGGGACAUCUUUUAUCAGACUUUUAUAUCAUAAUCAUAUCAAUUAAAUAAGUAAUCAUCUCCAUUUUAAAUUGGAGAACGAGCUGUUCGUCCAGCAGUAAAUGAUGGGAAACUAGCGCCGUCCGAUCACUGACAAGAUUAAACGAUAUUUCAUCUAAAGGGAGUUUUUCUUUCGGACAUAUUCACUUUUGGAUUUGCAGAAUGGCCAUCAACACAGAUACGGAGUUUGCUAAAUCCAACCUGGGGGAGAGCGGCGCCACGAAACCGGAGUCCCAAGAGACCGAGAAACUUCUUACAACCGCCGAGACCACCGGGGUUAAGACCUCCAGCUCGUUUACCGUCAGCGUCGGCGGUGACAAUGCUCUCGAUGUCGAUCAAAACGGCCACAGUUUGCCGCUGAGAUCCGGAUCGGCGGGAGAGCUCGGAGCGGCACCCUUGUCGCCGUCCAGAAUCAGCCUGAGCCGCGCAUCAUCCACCGGCAACACCGUCCAAGAGCAGCAGAAACCUAAAGACUACCUCAUGUUGGUCAUUUUAUCCUGCUUUUGUCCCGUGUGGCCGCUAAGCAUCGUCGCUUUGGUCUAUUCAAUUAUGUCGAGAAACAGUCUACAGCAGGGCGAUAUGGAUGGGGCGAGGCGCUUGGGACGCUUGGCUCGCCUGCUCAGCUGUUUUUCCAUCAUUCUGGGCCUCCUGAUUAUCAUAAUCUACGUGGUGGUUACAGUAACUGGAUAAUGAAAAGGAAAAACAGUAAGGAUCAGAAACAACCAUCUACAGUACUGCAAAAAAAAUGAAUCACAAAUGGUAUAAUUAAAACAAUCUCCCUCGUAAAAAUAAUGCCACUGACGUUAAAAAAGAAACAGGAGGAGUGUAGCAACCUGAUAAGAUCCAAUUAAAUAGCAAAACUGCAUGCAGUAGGUUAGCAUGCUCGAUGAAAAAGAAAACAAAAACCCCAUACGUUACGAGAAGAGCGAUGGCUUGCAUUAUGUAAAUGAGAUGCAGUGCUGUUUUGACAAGAGGACGACACGAUGAACGACGGGACUUUUCUUCGGAAUCUUUGCAACAUGGGUACGCCCAGCAAGCUGUAUUUUAACCUUAUAUUACUCCUAGAUGAUCAUGCAUUCAAAAAUUAUGCACAGAUAUAUUUGCAACGUAACUACCGAUGUAUGUUUUAUAAAAAGAUUUAUACAUGCAGUUCGAGGUAAGGGAUAAACUAAGGACAACUAAACUGUUGCCUAAAGGGCUUGACAGAGUUAAAGGAAAUAUCAUUGGGGAGUUUUGAUUUUUGGUUAUUUCUUUUGUAGAUUUUGAUUACAAAAAUGUACCAAAAUGACCACUUGCAUGCCAGAUCUUAUAUGGGGAUAGCCAAUGACUGUCAGCAUAUUUAAUUUUGUUUGGAUAAAGAUUGGAAUGUGUUACUGUCUAGUGUGUGCCCGAUGCUAGUCUUUGCCAUAUUCUCUAAGUGACACAAAGUGAACAGAGAGCUCUGUCUGGCCACCAGACUCUGGAGGUAAAACUUAAGCAUGCCAGGCCUCUACCAAACAAAACUGCUGGUGCAUGGACAUUCGCAUACAGGCAUGCAAGGUCCAGCACCAUUCCAGCCUCUGUGCCAAGAUCCUCACAUCAGUAUGCUAAACAAACCACAGGACUAUUCAUCGUUCUGAUUUUUUUCAAGCCAGAAUGCCAGUCAUCUCCCUACUUAAUACUUAUAAAUAUGAGAUAUAUAUCAACAUAUUUAUAGAAAUAUUUAGGCAUGCUGUGGGUUGACAAUACAACACUUCUCUAUUUUCACACAGAAUUAUAAAGAGCUUGUGUGUACAAGACGUCGUUUUGAGACAUCUGACAGUGUUUAUUGCAUCUCUGCGAUUGCUCAUUCCAUCACUGACAUGCUGAUAUUUAAGACCAAAGGGUCAGAACUACCAAUCUUAAAUAAGAGAAGAAAGAAAAUGGAGGUGUGGAUACAUAACAGCACUUAUCUGGCUAGUUGGUUAGGCCGAGGAAGAUAUUCAAACACAGCAGGAAAUCUAUUGAUCUGCUUCAUUUAUACUGAAAUACAAGUAUUUUUACAGCCCCGUCAUUGAUUUCAAAGCACUUUAUCACAUAUUACAUCAAUAUUCUGAUGGUGGUUAGCACUAAUCUCACAUCCGGUCAAAACGUUUGUCCACUGCUACUUUUUGUAUGACCUUGUGUGCUUUGCAUUUCUUUCCAGAAACAGACUGCUUGCUCCUGAACUAGAAUAUAAGCUUCUCUAAUAGCCCUUUUUUUGACUAUAAUCAUUUGUAUGUUCUUCAUUAUAAUCAUUAUGCCAAUAUGAAUGAGAUGCAAAAAAUGCUGCUGUGUGUCUUUUAAAACUGUGAUUUAUUAUGUACAACUUUUGGAAUCUUGGUUCACUUGUAUAUCUAUGUUUUUUCAUAGUUAUUGUGUACCUUUGCAAGUGCAAAAUAAACAUUAACAUGCAUGGUCCACAAUUCGUUUGCAGUUAUUGAUCUUGUACAGCUGUGGAGGACCAGGGAGGAACUGAUUACAUUAGCAACAAAGUACAAAAGUAAAGCUUACCACACAAAGACAGAAAGACAAAAGCAUUCUCUUUUAAAGCCUUCUCGCCUAAACCACACAUACACACGCUUCAUUUUUCAUGCCCCUGACUAUUGCUGUUGUAAAUAAUGCAUGACUAAGGAAAUGGCACAAGAUCUACUGGCUGAUUUUGCACUUCCCCGGGUCUCUGAUAUCGAAGUAUGGCCCUAUGCCGAGCCACAAUCUAGCACUCAGCACUAACAGCUCUCUCACUCA